AUGAAACUAGUGCUCCUGCUCAAACACCUUGACGAUGCUUUGUACACGAUUGUAUCCUCUCUUCUUUCCGGACAAACGGAUGAGAUCAGUGCCCUUGAGCUCGGUAUUAGUGCUGAGCUUGUGAAAUUGACCAAUCGACGAAUCCUCAGCAUUGCAAGCCGCCUACGGGACACAAAGAGAGAAAGGAAAGCCUCAGUCAAGAUGUAA